AUGAUAUUUGAUAGAAAAGAUGAAAAAGCUGUACAAUACUCUUUCGAGUUACAAGUAAAUCAUAACCGGUAUCUGGACUCGUUAAAACAAGAAUUUUUGAAAAGUUAUACAAGCACAAUUAAAUAUGAUAAAUCAGUAGAAGACUUCGAUCUUGUAAGAAUUAUUGGUAUUGGAUCCUUUGGGACUGUAUUCUUAGUUCGUGAUAAAACCACUUUCGAGUAUCAUGCGAUGAAAGCUUUAGAGAAAGUUGAAGUUGUAAAAAAGAAAAAUAUAAAACAACUAAAUCUGGAAAAGAAAAUCUUACAGAGUAUUACUUUUCCAUUUUUAAUAUCUUUAGAUUUUUGCUGCAAAGAUAAUUUAUAUAUUUACCUCAUACUACCUUUCGUAUCUGGAGGUGAACUAUUUACUCUAAUUAGAAAAAUGGGAAAUCUUUCCGAACCGCUGUCACAAUUUUACACAGCUCAAAUGGUGUUAGCUAUAGAGUACUUGCACCAUUGCAGCAUUGUUCACAGAGAUAUUAAGCCAGAGAACAUAUUGAUUCAUGAAUCAGGAUUCAUAAAACUCGGCGAUUUUGGUUUUGGUAAAACAAUAAAGAAUAGAACUUGGACAAUUUGUGGUACACCCGAGUAUAUCGCACCUGAGAUAAUUUUAUCAAAAGGAUAUACAUAUAGUGUAGAUUGGUGGUCACUCGGAAUUCUUAUUUUUGAAAUGAUAGCAGGCUAUCCUCCUUUUUACCACUCGGAUACAAUGACACUUUAUGAAAAAAUUCUUUCUGGAGCUUAUAAAACCCCUGAUUACAUGACCCCUACAUGUAAAUCUUUAAUAAGGCAUCUUUUGGACGUGGACCCGACUAAGCGCUACGGUUCACUUAAGGCAGGCGUAUAUGAUAUUAAAAAUCACGUCUGGCUUAGUGAAGUUAACUGGCAUAUGAUACUACAUCAGAAAAUUUUUCCACCGUUUAUACCAGUUUGUAAAAAUCUCGGUGAUACUAGCAAUUUUCCUGAAAUUGGUGAAGUAAAACUAAAAAAAGGGAAUGAGUGUUUAUAUGAAAAAGAAUUUGAAAACUUU